AUGAAAAUUACUGAAAUACUGGCAGCCUUGAUCAGCGCCGCCCCCCCCCCCUCACACCUGAACACAUCUCUCACCAUUGAUGGCAGGUCAGUUCUGAGUACAACGGCCAUUCUCAGCAUGUCCCCGCCCUCCCCAGACAGGGUCCUUGCCGAAGAGCCGGGCUUCAUUGGGGAAGGGGCUCCAGCUGCGGUAACAUGGCGCGAGGGUGGUCUGCGCAGCUUUCCUAGAAGAACACAGUAUGCAAUGGGUCCAUGCCAUGCUGCAAGUGUUUCGCAUGACAACUCACAGGAGGGCGCCGAUGGGUACAAACUCGAGAGGCUAGAAUCGCUCCAUGUCCGUCCCAUAUGGCCGUGGCCAGACCCCGCAUGGCCGUUGCUCGGAUGUGGGUGGGCAGACCUCCUCCCCACGGCAUACCCGAUGCACAACCCCGUUGUCAGCGCAGCUGCUCCUGCCACAAGCAGGGCCGGCCCCGACCCUUCCGAGGCAACAAUUUGA